GUGAAGAACAGUCACGUUGUCCCUGACUUUGUUCAGAUCCUUCGCCGUAUCAAGCUGCCGCUUGUGAUGCCCCCGGUCAUCGAACGUGAAAAAGUUAUUUGCUUCGUCGAGAUCAAGCCAAAGAGCCUUCGAGCCAAAGAUCCUUUUCCGACUGCUGAGGUGCAGCUUUCCCGUCAAGCUUACUAUGCAUUUAUGGCAGACUCGACGCUCACGACCAUUGGCGCAAUCCUUGCAUUUGGCAGUAUUUGGAGAUACGUGGAGUUCCCACGGCCUCCCAUGCACCUUGCUAGCAGCUGGUCAGAGUCUAAGGACCCUACCUUCGGAAGACAGUCUCCCUCGCAAUCCCUGCUCCCGCGGGUACCCUCCUAUCUAUCGCAGCUAAGUGGAAACAAACAUGCUUCUUUUGACUUGUCGGAUUCUAGAGGGUUAUCGGAGAUCGCGGUCUUUUUUGAUGUCAAAAUUGUGUUCUUUUCAAUGGAUAUAGAGCAAUUCCUACUCAAAAUUGGAUUAUUCGGAAGACCACACGACUUUUGAUCAAUAUGUUCUCAAGAAUUGAUCCUGCUGCCUUCUUGAGCGCGACGUGCGAAUCUCGACUUCAAGGAAAUGGAGA